AUGUUUGUUAGAAAUAAAUCAAAAAUAAUACUUAAAAAUAUCGAAAAAUUUCUUCCUUAUAAUGAGUCACUUUUAGAUUUUAACGGUGGAUUACAAACUUUUAAAAAUAAUUCAAUUCCUAAUAUGAGAAAAAAGUCUAGUUCGGUCUAA